AUGCUUCAGCUGACACUUUCCAGUCAAUACGCUCACGUCCCCAAGUCCGAACUCGACGAAGGACAAAUAAGAGAAUUGGAAGAAUAUGAAAUCUCCCAGGGUCCCCUCUCCGUCCUCCAGCAAUCUGUCCGAAACUCGUCCCAGGUUUUGAUCUCUCUGCGGAACAACAAGAAGCUGUUGGCGAGGGUGAAGGCAUUCGAUAGGCAUUGCAACAUGGUGUUGGAGAACGUCAAGGAGAUGUGGACGGAAACACCGAAAGGCAAGGGCAAGAAGCCUGUCAACAAGGACCGUUUCAUCUCGAAAAUGUUUUUGAGGGGCGACUCUGUUAUCCUUGUCCUGCGUAACGCUGCUUAA